GAUCACCAUCUCCAACACACACUGACGCACGUUCUCUGCAGACAGCUCCCCAUGACUCUGAAAACACACAGGAAACCAUCCCAGUUUGAAGUAGACGUCUGGUUUGAUCAGUACCGUCUGCCAUGUGUCAAAAUACUUCAGGAUUUUCCGCAAGGCACUCCCAAGAACAGCCUGUUGGAGAUGUCCACCACAGUGCAGCGUAGCAGACUGAGAACAUCCACCUGGCCUGCAGCGUCACGUUCCCCUCCGUCUGGCUGUGUGGACUGCAGUUCCCUCAGACCAUCCAGUCGUGUUGUGGGUUGGUGAAACAGGCUACCUUUAGCGAAGAAGCCCGAAUCGAAGCUACAGAACUGGGUCAUUGUUGUGGUUUGAGGACGAGAGCUGAGACGGGUGAUGGGAUCGGAGCCUGGGGAGAUGUAGAGUCAGCGUGUGGAACAGCAGACCAGGUCAUCUGGUGGCAGGUGACGUCUGAGCAGAGCGCACUACUAACCAGCUCACUGCUCAAAAGAGAACUAAAAAUGCUUAAAUAUACAGUAUUAAUAUCACAGCACAUCAACCAGCAACUUGGAUUGAAAUUAGAAACUUCUUACCAGCUUACAUUGUUGAUGUGUUGUUGAUGUGUUGACUAAAGUCACCCUUAUUGGAAACUUGGAACAUUUGAAUACAUUUGUUUUAUUAAAUGUAACAGUUCAUGACAAGGGUAGUGUGUGUGUGUGUGUACAUCGUUUCGGUUGAAGGGUGAGGCGGGGGUUUAUGGGGGUGAGUUUGAGGGUUACAGAAGAAAACUUGAAGCCUUGGGUCUCUCUGCUCUUGUUCAUGGCACUCUGUGUGUGUGUCUGUGUGUGUGUGUCUGUGUGUGUGUGUGUCUGUGUUUUGUAAGUCACUGCCCACGGCUCCAGAAUGGUUUGUGCUGAAUAUAAAUCAGGUGACUGCACAGGCGAUGGGGGUUUCUUCCCAGACAAGCCCAAAGGAUUGUUGAAAGCCCACCCCUGCAUCGCACACACACAUCAUACUCCACUUGGUCCACAACACAACAAGGAGAGUAUUUACCAGCCUGCCUCCAAAGAGACCACCCGGACACACUCCACUCUCCGGACUCUGGUGAUGCCGUGGAUUGUAUUUGGACCUGGAACUCAGAGGCAGACCUAGUCUAGAUUGAUUUGGAAGCUUUGGAGUUAGUGGAAAGUGAAACGUAUACUGGAUUUCGUUUCCAUAAUCCAACAACGUUGCUCUUUUGGAAUCUAGAGAGAGAGCUUGGACCUUACACGUCAUCCACCACAAAAGAGCCGACAUACACUGAACAGUGAAGAACUUGUCUCUAGGAUACUUCUCCAAUAUAAUUUUCCAGUGUGAAUGCUGAAGCGUGCGGGUGAAUUCCGAAGCGGGGGAGGAGGAGGAGCAGAGGUAGUAGAUAUGUGGAUCCCGACCCCCAGUCUGUCUCUCCCUCAGCGGGUCCUGCUGUACGGCUCCUGUGCCCUGGCGCUGGGCAACUCCGUGGGCCUCCUGGUGCUCCUGGUCCAGCAGAACCAGCUGUGGACCAGGGUGGACCAGGUGGAGAGCCGGGUGACGGAGGUGGAGCAGAGCUCCGUGGUGGAACUCCUCCAGGAGGUGCCCAGAGGUGGCGUAGGGGAGCAGGUCCAGUACCAGUACUCCAGGAACAAGCGGAGCCAGGAGAUCGAAAGGGAACUGAGGCAGGAGUUGAGGCAGGAAAUGAGACAUGAGGUGAGCCAGGAGAUCGAAAGGGAGCUGAGGCAGGAGUUGAGGCAAGACGUGAGGCAGGACGUGAGGCAGGAGGUGAGGGACCUAAAGCAGGAGGAGGAGAUCCAGGGGCUGCUGCAGGAGGCCAGCCCCGAGGUGGAGGGGAGCCAGGAGGUGGAGGUGGAGAUGGGGAAGAGGAUGAGGCACGAGCUGAAGCACAAACUCAGGCCCUCUCACAGCCACAAGACGGAGAUACGGGACGAGAUGAUGAUGAUGAUGACCUACUCCAUGGUCCCGAUCAAAGUGUUGAUCGAUAUAUGUAACAGCACGAAGGGAAUAUGCAUCGCAGGACCUCCAGGACCGCCUGGUUUGCCAGGAAGAGAUGCAUCUCCAGGGUACAAUGGCACUGAUGGGAUCCCAGGGCUGGAUGGACUGCCUGGGGCAGAUGGCAAGCGAGGGAAGAGAGGCCCACCGGGUGAGGCGGGACAGCCAGGAGAGAACGGAGAGAGAGGAGAGCAAGGCCCUCCUGGAGAAAAGGCACACCCAACUAACGACGUCAUAUUACAGGGCCCCCCAGGUCCAGCUGGUCCUCCAGGAUCUCCUGGUCCUAUUGGUCCCCCGGGCCCCCCAGGACCCCCCAGGAACAGGAGCCAUAGACCCUACAUUCAUGCUGCCCAGACCCAGGGUCCACUCCAUGCCGUCCCAAAUGACUGGGCCUUGUCUGGGAAGGAGGUCAGGAAGCAACUGGAGAAAACGAAGAAGAAAGAAUGCUUGAUCAAGUCACUGAUCAACCCCAGGAACAUAUCUCAGAUGAACAAUACCUUCGGAACCUGGAUGAAGGACAUGGCCGUGCUGAGUGACGAACGCAUCUGGGUGGCGAAUCACUUCUCUGGGAGUGUAAUAAGGGAAUACAACAGCAUCACAUCCUUCCAGAACAGAAGCAGUGACGUCAUCAACGUCUGGAAGUUCUUCCAGGGUUGUGGUCACAUGGUUCACAACGGCUCCUUCUACUACCAUGUAGCUGGCACCUCCAACAUUGCCAAAUUUAACCUGAGAACCAAGAAACUAGCCACCUUGGCUAUCGACAACGCUCUGUACCACAACCUCUCCUAUCUGCUCACCAAUUCAAAGACCUACUUCAAGCUGGCUGUGGACGAGAAUGGUUUGUGGCUGAUCUUCUCUUCCAGCUUGGACGAGAGCAUCAUGGUGGCCCAACUGGACCAAAAGACCUUCUCAGUGACCACCUACAUCAACACCACCUACCCCCGCAACAAAGCUGGCAACGCCUUCAUCGCCUGCGGAGUGCUCUACGUCACCGACACCAAGGACACACGGGUGACCUUCGCCUUCGACCUGCUGAAGGCGAAGCCUGUCAACAUGACCUUUGACCUGCGCCCCCCGGGUGGCGUUCUGGCCAUGCUGACCUACAGCCCCAAGGACAGACACCUGUACGUGUGGGACGGCGGCUACGUCAGGCUCUACGUGGUCCACUUCAUCUCAGACGACUGAGCGGAGAGCUGGUCCUGGCUGAGGUGAUGGGGUCAGCUCUCACAGGUCUGUGUUGUCGUGCCCCAUCUCCUGCCUCUCUCCCUGACCCGCUCCACACGUCACAAGAACACAGAUCUGUGAAAGCCUGCUGAUUCUUGCGACUGCUGAGGGAAAACCCACGUAAAUAUCCACCUUGUAUCUGUGAACGCUGGUCAUGUAACUUCAUAUUAGAUUUGAGUAGUAAUGCGAAGAAGGCACACUAAUUACUUCCGGUGUAGAUUCCCAUUAUGUUAGGGGUUGAUAUAUCAAUAAGGGCUGGUCCAUGAGAUCAAUAUAAUCAGAUGAAAAAGUUGUUAUCGUUAGUUGUAUAGUGUGUGUACUGAACUUUGUCUAAACAGUACAUUAGUGAUGUAUUUAUAUUACCCGUUUUCUACUGUUCUUGGAAUUGUAAGCUUUGAAUAACAAGUUUUUGUAUUUUUCACUUUUUUUUUUUAUGGUUCCCUUUAUUUAUUGUUUCCCUUAACUUACCUUUCUGAAAACAUCUUUGUUGUUGUACUUAAUCGUUUUUCUCUGUAACUGCAUGCCAAAUCAUACUGUACAUCUACCGCACAAUGUUUCUUUCCUGAUGCCCCGAGGAGCUGCACGCCUGUGUAAGCAGGACGUACUUCCUGCCCGGCUCAGGUGACGCUGCAUGGUCACGUCUGGUUACCGCUCCAGGAAAGAAAAGAAAAACAUCUGAUGAAAUAAAAAUAAUUUAUUAAACUUACAAAGGUUAAAGUUUGACCUUGGUAGAACAGCCUGUUCUCUCUCUCUCAUCUUCAGACUCUUUCAAGUGCCCUAGUUUAUAUCUCCCCGUAGUCAGUUUUACAGUACGUAGUACACACACUCACGCGCACACACACACACGUGUGCACACAUCAGAAACACGCAUGCACACACACAAAAGAGGGACCAUCGGUCCGAACACUUAGUAUACAUAAAGUAGAUAUGUUGGGAAGAAAGAGGGAGAGAAACACAAAUCUCUUUAAUAAAUACCAUACAUACACUUAACAAAAGUUACCAGCUGUUAUGAUACAAACCAAAAAAUAAAGAAAAUGCUUUCAUGUUUGUACAAGCUGUUGUGGUAAUUCAUAUAUAUUAUUUAUAUAUUAAAACUAUUUUAAACGUUAUACUACUAGGCGAAAUAUAGCCAGACAUUCAUUUGUAUAUAACAGUUUCCUCUUGAUAGCCUAUUCAUUUGAAAGAAACUUUAAUAGUGUCUCCAGAUUUGAGUGCAAAUAUCUAUUUAUUAUGGAUGAACCAGUAAAAACGAGAACUACAGUGGUAACCACACACAAACCUACCAACACUAUGACACACUACGUCCCAGUGAAAUAGAGUAACACACCCCUUACAUUCCUAACGUAAAAGGCAAUAUGUUAAACAUAAAUAACAAGAAAAACAAUGACAAAACAAAACACAAAGAAAACUUGUAUAACUUAA